GUUUGGUGUUUGUUGUUUUCAAAUUUAAAAUUACAUUAAAUUUUUUAUUACGUUGAAACUUAGUGAUUGUUAGAUAAGGAUAUGUAAAUACCUUCAUUAAUCUUAAAAGUGUAAAUCUAAUUUUUAGUUUUUAUAAAACCCACUUAGUUAAUCAUGAAAAAAGUACAAGGAAACGACUCGUUCCAAAGAAUUAACUAUCUAUAUCAAAUAAGCAAGCACAUGGCUGGGAUCAAUCCAGUUUUAUCUGCCUAUUAUGGAAAUCUCAUAGUUAAUGUUGCAAAGAAAAAUGUAUUAAAAAUUCAUCCAGACAUAAAACGACAAAUUUGCAAAAAGUGUCGUACAAUGCUUGUAGAUAAGACAUCAGGGAAAAUGAAGAUGAGAAAUAGAAAUAAAUCUAAACACAUUGAAUGGACUUGUAACACCUGUGGUGUUAAGCGGAAUUUCCCUGCAAAUAAGGGCAAAGAUCAUAGAGUAUGGUUGGAAAGGCCGGAAGCUGUUGAAGAAGUUAUAAAUUAAAUAAAAAAAUGGUAAUGUAUGGAGGUGUUUAAUUUUUAUGAGUCAAGAAAUAGCUUAAUAUUAUUUAAGUUAAUUUAGAGGUGAUGUAAUAAACUAAACAAUAAUCAAGGA